AUGAUACAUGUUACAAAGGCUUCACACUAUUUGCACUGCGCCAGCUGCAUUGUGUUUGAGGACGCCCCAGCGGGAUAUGAAGUACUGGUGGUGCGUUGCAAAGACCGAUCCUCUUUGUGCUCCGGUUGCUUCUACCCAUUGAGAGGAAGUUUCCCAGGUGUGAAGCAGCAGGAAGUAAAGGCGGCAACCUUGGAGCACCAAACAGUUCAUGACAAGUUCUACAACAACCGACGGGAGAAGAUACGGGAGAAGUGCCUGUUUCCUGGACGGAAACCAAGACAUGAACGCUGCAAUCUACAAGAACUAGUGAAGCGCAGUGAAAAGGAAUAUGUGGACUUUCAAGAGGUCUCAGUGCUCAAGGACUUGAAAGAGUUCACCGAUGACCCUGCCAACAACCCCAAGGGUCGAAAGUUCAAGAACCUCUCCGAGAGGAGAAAGUAUGUGAAAGAGCUGGGCUUGACUGUAGUCCGCGACCCCAAGACGAAUGCUGAUGCCGUGCCCGUUCACGAUCGCACGGUGAUGCUCUCAGGGCAUCGUGUCUCUGCUUCACGCUCGAAGCAGGAAAACUUUGAUGACAAGAGGGAAGCGAAAGAGGCAUUCACGUCAGCAAAGCAGUCUGUGGGCAUCAACACCAACAAGAAGGAUCCCGCCAUUCAUAUUUUUCAUGGUAUUGCCGGCACAGGUGGCGUCAUUGACGAGGAGGACGGGGAUGGCAAGAAAAGGAAGCAUGCAUCAGCAUCAGCAUCGAAAAGGGGAACCGUAGCUGCCCCAAAAAAGGCUGCCAGGAAGGACGACAAUCAACGCAGUCGGGAUGGGCCUGCUGCUCCUAAGAAGCCUGAGGAUGUGAAGGAUACAAAGGGUGCUGACAAGCGUGUGGAAAGUUGCCUUACCAAUGGCAAGAAGUGCCUGCAGCAGUUGUCUGAGCUCACUUCAGAUGCCAUCUGGAGAAGCCAGAUCCGUGGUCAUGAGUUGGACCGCCGCAUUGCCAAGGUGACAUCUGUGCGGGCAGAUUUGCAGAAGCUUUCCACAAAGGCAAAUGCAAGUGCUGAACAGAAGCAGCGGGCUGUCAAUCUUGAUGAUGAGUUGGCUGACGCUGCUACCACUACAAAUGCUUUGAAGGAGGUAUGCAGGAUCUUUCGAUCUCAUGACGCCAAGCAGCUUGUUGAAGAAGUGUCCAGCGGCACGGAGCUAGCCCAACAUGUGAGUGCCUGUGCUGAUAGGCUGCUUGCAGAUCCUAGCGUCCUCAUGGACAUGAUUCACAUUGCUUGCAAGAAGCUCGCUGAAGCGAAGGAUCCAGUAUUCUGGAAGUUCCUGCAGCUAAACACCAUCGGUGCUUGCUCCUUUAGCCUCUCAACUCUUGAGAAGCUUGCCACGGAGAAAAAGAACUCACAUCUGCUGGGCAGCCUUCUACGUGCCCAGGUUUUUGAGGUUGCUGAUGGCUUCUUUGAGAAGCUUCGGAAAGAAGAGUCACUUGAGUUCGCCGAGAAGUUCCUCCCUCCCCACCUCAAGUUCUCUAAUUUCCAAGAUGAGAAGCGAUGGGCGCUCUGGAUCAAGCUGCUGACACUUCACAAGAACAUCACUGCGACUGCUGAGCUGAAGAAGAAGGGUGAGACUCUGCUAGUUGAGGCCAAAAAUCUCUUGGACCUUAGCAGCUUUGAGGGUCAAGACCUCGAUGACAUCAAGGCACGAGUUCAAACAGUGGUUGGCAUCAAGAACAUCAUCAAGGAACUGAAGGAUGCAGGGUCUUCAGGCAUUGAGUUGUUGGGGGAAAUGACAGGGAUGCAGCACAAACUUGUGGAGUGGGCAAGGAAGACACUUCACCCAGAGUUUGACCAAACUUUGACAAAGGUGGCUGAGGAGAUGGAUAGGCAGCAGAGCUCUACCAACCAAGUGCACCGCCUCUUGUUGAAGGGAUUGAUCCGUGGCUUCUUCCAUGCCACGCAAGAUGAUGUGGACAUGUCCCUUGCCAAGUGCUGUACUGUCUUGACUGAAUGGUCCACACGGACCUCAGUCUUGCAGAACGCAGCAAAAGACGCGGAGGGCAUCACCCUUCUCAGUGCGCUUGCAUCGUAUUCCUCGACAUGCCUUCAGGUUUGCGAAAAUGCCAUCAAGGGCCUCCCUGAGCAAUACGGAAGCUCAGCUCCUGGAAGGGCAGCAACUACAAUUGUGAACAUGCUUUGGAGAAUGGAAUCCGUUUGUGGUGCCAAAGCCACUGUUGCCUUGGCCACCAAAGAGUUUCCCGACAAGGACAAGGAACUGAAACAGAUCCUUCCAAAGAGUUUCAAAGCUCUCUCUCAUUCACUGGAAAUCGAUUGGCCCUCCGAGCUGGCCAAGCUCCAAAGCAACAAGGAGGUCGCCAAGCUGACAGCUUGCCUUGAUGUGUAUGAGUCAGCAUGUGCGUGUGGCUCAGCUGGAGGUCUGGACCAUGAGGCUUUCUCCAACGCCCACAAGCACUGCCAGGAGUAUUCGGAUACUUUUUUGAAGUGUCUGAAAGCAGCAGUGGACACCGAGGCUACAUCCAUUGCAGGCGGCCUGGAUGCCUUCCAUGAGAAGUAUGUGGUCCUUGAGCAGGCUGUGGCUAAAAAUGACACUCAGAUUGCGGCUUGGGUGUUUGAUGAGAAGUGCAACGAUGAGGUGAAGGGCGAUAUUGAAUCUUUGAAGGAAUCCCACAAGAGUGCUCAGGAGUUUGUUCAGUGUCUGGAAAGGUUGGCUCAGCAUGUUUCCGCUUCCAACCCUUUGAACGAUGUUCUCCGGGAUGCUGCAACAAAAAAGGUUGGUGUCAAGGAGAAGGCGGGCAAGGGGGCACAGCUUUGCACCCUUCUCAUUUGGUGCGAUGCUGGGUGUGACCCCAAUGCAGAUCAGAAACUAUUUGACAAGAUUGAGAAGUACACACAAAAGUAUUUUCACCUGGGCAAAAAGGAUUUGCCAAAGGAAGUGAUUGCUGACUUGGACGAGACUAUUGAAAACGCAAAGAAGAAUGUACUCAAGAAUGUUGAGGAGAAAGAGAAACAGAAAAUGAAGAAACAUGAGAAAAAGGACAAGAAGAACGACAAGGACAAGGACAAGGGAUCAGGAUCAGCUCAAAAGAAGGAGAAGCAAAAGGAGGGGAAGGAAGGCAAGAAGACCGCUCCAGCGACACGUCCUGAUCACGAAGAUGACGCCAAGAAGAAAAAGCGUCGCUCCAAGUAG